UGUUAGGGCUGCUGCCGAUACUAUUCCUGUUGACCGCGAGCGCGGACUUUGAGAAAAUGACCUACGCGGGUGGAAACAAGCCGAGGGUAUUAACUUUGGGGCCUUCAUCCGCGAGUGAGGGACCAGAGGGUCGUGGGGACAUUUAUGAUAUACCUGAAUUGUACCGGCCUAAAAACCCGUCGAUCGCCCAGGCUUUUCGGUGUCUGGUGCGGAUCAAUUGCGACGAAGAGAGCUCGAUCUUGACAGCCAGAUCGCUGCCGGGCCUGGAUUUUUUCCUGCAUGAUCGACAAGUGAAGUCGGAUCAGGUUUUUUUCACAGAGCAAGUGCAGUUCGAUGGGGCGGAGGAAGGUGUUGCUGCAUCUUCUUUUUCAGCCGAAGAGAAGGAUUUUUAUCGAGUCAGCGCCGGCGAGGAACCGGAUUUUCUGUCCACCAAGUCCUACGACUCCUACACUCGGCUCAAGUACGGCGCUCUGAAGGACUUUUUUUCACCACCUGAUGAACUCACACGCACACAAGUCGAGCCGGAACCCCAGCCUCGCUCGUUCCUUGCAGCUCGCGACUUUGUCGUGAGUCCGCAUGCGGGAGGUUCCGGAACCGUGGUUCAAGAAAAUCGUCGCAGAGCGCUUACGUUGACCCCGCCCGACACCUUCUUCGCUGUUGCCGCUGCAUCUGUUCCGACGUCUCAGGUCACGGUCACGUGGAAGACCUGGCUCGGUCGAGCGCAGGCGUCGUUUUUCGAGUCUUCGCAACGGGGUCAGAGCAGGAGCUCCGCGUUGUUUGGAGAGGACGCACAAAUGUUCAACGCGGUGGAAGUCUCGCUGUCGCGCACGGGGGACAUUCCCGUUGUGCGGAUCGCGGUGGAGCUCAGGGAUUUCGUCGACAUGGACGACGAAGAGUGGGCGGCGAUGGACGAGGACGAGCGAGACCUUGCGGGGGAGAAGUUUUUGGGCCAGCAGGACUGGAUGCUUUACCUCUGCCAGCAAACUUGUCUACUCUCGCGCGGAUUUGCAGUCGGGGGCGGUGGUCAGGGGCGUGCUAGGAGCGACGACGAAGAUGGCGCAAGUACCGCUGCGUCGUCGCGUGCGAACGUCGACGAUUUCUACUGUCACUACGUCGGGCUGCAAAUGCACCCGUCUUACGGCUUAUUUCCUCGCCCACAUGCUGGACCCUCGUGCUUCCUGUUUUCGCGCGACAAUCCGGCGCAUACACGGCCGACAGGACCAGAGCAUCCGUAUUUUUUGCAAGACCAUUACCACCAAGAGGUGGCUGAAACGAGCAGCACUGCGGUCGUGUCGGACGCGCAUAGGAAGUGGAUCCCUGUCCCGUACAGCAAUAGGCACACCAACGGGCUGCAAGGAACAAGUCCAGUUGGCUUGCCGCAACGCAAGAAAAGGCCAGUGCCAGUUCGACUGUUCAAAUCGAACCCUACAAAUGUUUUCGGAGCAAAAGGCGUCGCGCGCGGCGGCCCCGGGAGCUUCACCUUAGCAGGGAACCAGGGCCGCGAUUUGACCAUGCCAACCGUACUGCUGUCGACACUAGUUACCACACCGUUGCUGAUCACGGUGUUGAUAUACGUUUUCGCGGUUCUUGCGGGUGGAGGACCUCGGAAGGAACAGAGGUUUUUGUAGGUUUGAACUCGUCGUGGUCCGCAACGAACGGAACACAUAACUGCAGAUCCAUAUGAAAAGAAUUUCGCUAUUUUCUUGCGCAGCAAGAAGCGAACGAGCAUGGCCAAAAAUCAAACGAUAUACAAUUAGUGAAACGGGAAAACUAGUUCAGUGAAAUUUGCAAAUAUCGGACUUAAGCAUGCACAAGCAUGUACUCAGAAAGGUGGAAAAGGUAAGCUAUAGCAUCUAACGAUAAUUUAAUCGCAGAAAUCAGUUCAUUUUUUUUCUAGUUAGUUUUCGAAGGCGCUACCAUAAAAGCCAUAGGCACGCGCGCGGUGCUUGGUUUCAAAGGUAGAAUUAUGUAUGAUGUCAAUUAUCACGCUUUGGCUCUUCUUUAACUGGCAUUCGUCCAGGCGAAGAGUCGCGCUGCAUCAAACAAUUGUCGAGAGCUACUUCCAACCUUUGCAGUAGCAGUUGCAGAAAUCGCUUGCAUUGUAACACCAAUAUCUAUGUCGGAGUACGGCCACAAAAUGCACACGCACUUUGUACAAAAGUUCUCUCGUCCACCC